AUGUCGGACGGCGGCAGCACCCUCAACAUCCCGCAGCUGCUCGUCAUAAUCGUCGUCAGCUUCCUCAUAUUCCGCUGGUACAACUCGCCCUCCUCCGCCCAGGGCCACCAACGCCCCGCCGGCAGCCGUGAUGCCGCCCCGCGCGUGAACCCUGCCGCCGUCGAGCAGAUCUUGCAGAUGUUCCCCCAGCUCGACCGUCGCCAGGUCAUGUGGGACCUGUCACGCAAUGGCAACAACGUCACAGCCACCACCGAGCGCGUUCUGGGCGGAAGGGGCCUGGAAGUUCCGCCUCCGUCCUUCCAGCCGCCCAUGCCUCCGCCACCCCGAGCCCGCCCCGCCCAGCGCGAACCCGCCAUGACGCCCUCCCAACCAGACCUGAUAACAAGAUACAAGCUCGCUUCGAAGAUCCAAGACGAGGAUGCGGCCCCGCUGGAGGAGGCGCCGAAGAAGUCCUCGUGGUCGCAGAACAAGGCGGAACGCCAGCAGAACCUGCAGCGCCGCCGUGAAGAGAUGGUCUUGGCCGCGCGGAGGAAGAUGCUGGAGAAGGAUAAGGCCAAGGCUGCGCAAUCUUGA